AUGUCGGGAUAUCCAAACUACGGCAUGCUUCCUGAAGAUGAGAACCAGAGUCAAAAUGGAAACCAGGAUCAAUAUCCAGGCCAAUAUCACAAUGAAAAUAAUUCAAUACAGGGAUUUCAGUGUGAUCCAAAUUUGAUCAACGCAACCUUCGGGCCUUGGGAGCCUUCUUUCGAUCAGAGCGCUGGAUCGGCCACUUGGGAGCAGCAAACUCCGAACCCUCUCGUUCAGGAGGAAUUGAAUUUUGAGACGCAGUCUCCAUAUAAGGUUGCCAAACAGACACUCAAAAAGAUAUUCAUCCAGCCUUUUCCUGAUCCUCAGGCAAAGGCUCGGGCUUGGAGUUGGAAUUGGGCUCUGACUCAGCUACACAAUUUGGCCAUGGCACACAAAGCGAUGUUGGCCAAGGGUGAAUUCGACCACUGUACUGUUCUUGGCGCUCCAGGACCAUUUACAUUUGAAAAUCCUCGUUCCGCUGGCGGUAAUCCGCAAGUGCCUAUUCCAGUUCAACAACAUGAGCCUCAUUCCAUUGUAGGACAUCCUAAUAUUGUCAACGCUCGUGCCGAUCAUGGCAUUGUUCCUCCUGGUCUUCCCGCUCCUCCAUUUUCUCAGCCAUCUCUUGCUGGCCCAUCUACUGGGGGUCACAAUAAGAGAGGUCGGGCAGCCUCACCAGACGCUAGGGCGCCCGCUCCGAAAAGGACGAGAAAUCUUUCGCCAAACGCAUCUGGCGCCGAGGGAAGCAACGCCAACAGUUCUGGAAUCCCUAAUCCCACUCCAAACACAACGUCACCUCCGUCGAGACAGCCUCAGAUAACCAGGAAACGGAAAGCGGCUACCGACAGAGAGGAAGACGACGGUGAAGACGAUCUUCUUUCGGAUCCCAGGCCGCAAAAGAAGCCCAGGGGAGAACCAGCUGCCUCCGAGGAUAGGAGCAAUUCUCAGAGUAAUACCAAGAAAGGAGACUGUGAACGGGUCGUUAAAGGGACAAAAUGCCUCUUCUGUGAUAAACACCCUGAGAUCAGCGACGCCAAGCCGUGUGACUGGGAACAGGUUUCACAGAGCAACGGCCCCAAAACGUAUAAUUUAGAAUGCACCAACUGCGCUGAUUACCGCUCUCGAAACAAGGAUAACACAGAGCUGGCUGAGAAAGGCGGCCAUAAGUGCCAGGUUCCAGGCCCUGAAACGUCCUUGAUCCACUUCGAGCACAAAAGGUACGGCGUUGACGAUCCUAAGACGUAUCAGAAGAAGGCUUGUGAUGCUUGUGAAAGAAAUAAACGGGGAGAAACAUGCGACGUCGAUACGAUACUAGGCUACGGUUGCCACAAUCACAGUUGUCGAAGAGGGGGGGCCUGCAAGGUUGGCGAGGUGGCAACGCUCUUCACACGGCCAAACAAGCUCACACGUCGACCGUGGUACCGGCAUCCAUGCGAUCGUUGUUUGUUGCGUCACAAGGCGAACGGUGAGCUGGAGGGAGAGGAGGAUUGCUGCAGCUGGAUUAAAGACAGGGGAGAGUGGGAGAACAACCAAGCCUGCGCACAAUGUCAACGGGACGGGACAAUAUGUUUGGACCUUGGAGCUCCCGUGGGGCCUUUUACCAAACGUGACAAGAACUUGCCCACAAGCUGGGAGAUACGCACCCAGUUCGAGGCGGACAAAGAGAAGACAAAGGGGGACAAGACCAAAAAAGAAAAAUGGCAUGAAUAUACGGAAGUGCUACCACACACAACUUGGAGAAAGCCGUGUCAAGGGUGCCAGACAGCUGGGAAAGCUACCGACUGUCUGGUCAUGUGGUUCCAGCCAUACUACGCGUGUGAGCGCUGCACGCAGAUUGGUAUCGACUGCAUGGUCCCAGAAAAUGGUGGUCUUCGACAUUGUCCAAUCUUCGAUCUGAGCAGGGUUGGUUUCGGACAAUUCACCCCUUACCAGGUCUGCAAGCAAUGUGUAGAGGCUGGGAGAAACUGUGACAGACAAAGACCAUGUGACAGUUGCAUACAACACAAGGCGCGAUGCGAUGCUAUCCAUUGGACCAAACCUGGAUGUAUUGACCGUGGCAAGAUAGCCGAAAAGGAAAACAAGCAAACCUACAAUCCUGGUCCUUUGUACUACCUGGCCUUGGGAUAUGGCCCUGAAGGUGUCGACGACCUCAAGGAUGGUCGAAGCAUUGAACAUUGGAUUGGUCCUGCAGCUCCUAUGUACGGCCUGGUCGACCCCAAGGACGGUCCGCAGCUUUAUAAAUCCGUAGCCAACGCUCAUCGAUCUCGUCGCCCGCCAGUGAACUUUUUGCCCCCUGCCUGUCUUGAGUCUGGCAGGAAACUGAAGGGCACACCUGUCGGAUCCUGGCGCGACUUGAUGAAUCUGUAUUGGGACAAUCAACCCCAGCCCCCAAAGAACUACCCGCAAGCGUACCAGAAAGUUUGGAGCCUUCUGCGCAACGUGCAGGAUUUCCAGAUGGUGGAGGCCGGUAUGGAACCCAACUCGGUAGCACCAGCAGUGCGCAGCUUCCGGGGAGGUCCUGUGCUCGCUGACAUUGAGAGAACUCAAAGUCAUAUACCUUCAGCUGCUUAUCAAAAUCCGCAUGCCGCACAAUCACAGGGGGCAACACAAUUACUGCCAAACCAACCGCCGAUGCAAUAUGGAGACACAUAUAAUCCUCAACAAAAUGCACCGGAACCACAAGCACCUCCAUAUCCCUUUCCAGCAGGACAUCAACCAGGUAGCUAUACAGACCAUCUCAUCAAGGCAUGUGGAGAUCCAGCAGCAGCCGGGCAAGAAGAAGACGGGGGCUUUAGUCAACAGCAGCCACAGCCAGUGCCACCAUUCCUAGAUCCAGCCAAUCAGCAAAUACAUAAUAGCUUCGACCAACAGACGUUUUCCCAGGCGCAGAAUGGGCAGCAAAUGCAACAAGACCAAGGUUUGCUGAACCCGCAAGAUUACCGAAACUGGGAUCAACGGCAAUCAGAUGCCUAUUCACAGCAAAUGGGACCGCAUCAAGAUCCAGUAGAUCCCGAAGAAGACAGUCAACCGUGGGACGAUCUAUACUUGGUAGAUCAGUUCAAUCAAUCAGGAAUAGCGCCACAAAACGCAGACGACGAAAGUGGUGAACGUCGGCCCUUGGCUAAGCGUGCCAUCCCGGCUCAGGUGAUUGGAAAUGACCAACAAGAGCGAUAUAGUGGUUCGCAGUCUCCAGAAGAAAGUAACGAAUCCCUGGGGGUUUUCAAGCGUCGGUACGGGCAUUUCGUAGAUCAAAGUGGUGAGCAGGCACAUAGGCGUUCCCGCGCGAAUCGUGGGGAGCGCUGGCAUAAGCCUCAAACCUCUAGAGGCAGCAAAAGGUCAUCCCAAGAGAGAACGGCUCGCGGGAAACGGGCGCCCAAGAACGCAAACGAUCAAGUUGCUUUCAAUCCUUUCCUCGGUUUCACAUUCGGUCCGAACCAGAAACCUCAGUCCAAGGAGAAGCCAAAGAGCUCACGCUGGAAGGUCUUCAAUCAUCUCGAGGGUAUUGAAAUGAGCGAAUGGCAUGAGUCAAAGUCUAAAGAUCCUGAAGAAGAGUCCCGGCCACGCCUCUUUUCUAUUGCCAAUCGUCAAACAAACCAGCCAACGCCCUUACGUGAUGUUCUUGGCGACGUGCCUUGCGAGGAGAAGGUUACAAGGACAAACCUUUAUUGCGGUGAACCGGGAGAGGGCGGAUGGGGACUGUGUAACGCUUGGAACACAGAUGGCAAAGGUCAGGCUAUCUGCCAGAGCCAUGCCCAUCGCAACACAGCCCUACCAUACUUCCCAGUAUGCAAUGAUUGUACCUGGGGUAACGUGAAGUGCUUGUUCCAGCAUGAGCAUAAUCCCAUAACCGAAGGUGAACUGCUCAGCAUGCGUGCUUAUCUCUGCAAUGACUGUGCAGGUCAGAUGAGCAGCGGUGCUCCGAACGUGGUCCAGAAUCAAAUUGUCGGUACCAGGCGGGUAUAUGGCAUUGCAGCGGAUGAUGCGCAUUCCCAAAUCAUACAGAAACUGGUCAAUGACCCCUCACAAGCCGCCGCCAAACUCAUGAGGAAUACCGAGGCUCUGACAGGCUGUUCGUGGGCCAACAGAAUGCUAGGAACAUCGCUCUGCCGGUUCCAUAGAUUGUACUAUGCCAAAGAGGUUAUGAAACACGCGGCAUUGAUGCAAGAAUGGCGGCUGUCGCGCUUCAAGAAGGCAGUGUGUCCCAGUUGUCUUGCACAAAAGCCUAGUGAGAAGGUCAAUAUUUCGGCCAACGUCGAUGGUUUUGUAACGGGCGCGCCGACGGCAUGGGCUUGUGUCGUUUGCAAUGACUGGGUUGUGAAUGAACAGAACGACGUGAACAACCAGCCAACGGCGAUUGACAAGCCGCUAUGGAAUCUAAAUAUCGGGCGCAAACUUCUCGACCCACGUCGAGAGAUAACCACCGGCAGGGUUCUGGGGCAAUUGGUGUCUGUCUAG